UUCUCCAAGCGGCGCGCGCGCAGUCCAACUCGCAACGUCGCACCGUACGUAUCCUAUACCUUGAAGCAAUUUUGUUCCGACACAAUCAAAAUAAUACGGUGUAGCUGUGAUAAAUAUUUGUGUAGUUGUGAUUAAAUAUUGUUUAAUACGUCGAUUGGUGUACAGUGUACGGCAAUAGUUCUCGAAUCGCCCAACCGUAUCGGAAUAACUGUAAGGUGUACGUGAAUGCCGGGCCGCAUGGAUGGCGACGCACGUCUGGCGCUCGUUCGCCUUAAUACUAGCUCUCACAACUCUAGUAUUAGCUAAAUAUGCAGAGUUAGAAGCAUGGCGAGGCGCAGGGCCGCCGGUGUCGGCCGCCCAAGAGGCUGAAGAUGAAAAGCGUGAUGCGGAAAUGCUGGCAGCUGUCAGGAACUCAAUAAAGCAAUGGAAAAUAAAGAAAACGCGGACUAGAACAAAGCGAUCUCAAGGCAGUGUUUGUUAUGGUGAAUUUGGAUGCUUCGAAGAUGCCGGUCCUUUUGCAUACUUGGAGACUCUGCCGAGUCCACCGCAGGAAGUUGGAACACAAUUUCUCUUAUACUCCACUCUUAAUAGGGGUGACCAGCCUCUACUCGCAGUGUCAGCCAGCAACAUGUCCGCCGCGUGGGGCUGGGCGACGCGCGCGUUCGACGCGGCCCGCCCCACGCGCGUCAUUGUGCAUGGAUUUGGAUCUAACUGUGACAAUGUUUGGGUAUAUGAAAUGCGCUCCGCUUUGAUGGCUGUUGAAGAAUGCAAUGUGAUUUGCGUUGAUUGGGAAGGAGGAGCUUCAAUGCCAAACUAUUUACGGGCUGCGGCUAACACUAGGUUGGUGGGCAAGCAGCUAGCCAUGCUGCUACAAGGUUUAGCUGAACACAUAGACGUGAGAUUCGAAGACAUCCAUUUAAUUGGAUUCAGUUUGGGAGCACAUGUGGCGGGCUUUGCUGGCUCUGAACUAAAGAAUAUCAGUAGAAUUACGGGUCUGGAUCCGGCUGGUCCACUUUUCGAGUUCCAAGAUCCAAGAGCACGUUUGGAUAAAAAUGACGCAAAGUUUGUAGACGUAAUACACUCCAAUGGUGAGACGUUAAUCCUGGGCGGUCUCGGAGCUGCUCAGCCGUUGGGUCAUGUCGACUUUUACCCGAACGGUGGUAGAGUUCAACAUGGAUGCUCUAAUUUGUUCGUUGGAGCAGUAUCUGACUUAGUUUUGCCAUGGGCGGCCGCAUCUGCUGAAGGCAGAUCUUUAUGCAACCAUCGCCGAGCAUAUAAAUUCUUCACAGAUUCAGUAUCACCAAAAUGUCACUUCCCUGCAUUUCCUUGUACGAAUUACGACACAUUUUUGGAGGGUCGCUGUUUCCCCUGUAACAGCGAGCGACGUUGUGGCAAUAUGGGCUAUUACGCCGACCGGUCGCUUGGAAGAGGACAAUUAUAUUUACUUACGAGAGAUGAAGAGCCAUUUUGUGCACACCAAUAUCACGUGGAGGUAUGGGGAGGAAUAGAGGCGAAUGAAAAACCUAAUUUCGGACGAGUCACUCUAACGCUUCAUGGUGAUUCGGGGUUGAAUGAAUCUUUCCCUAUGACUAAACGUGAGGACAAAUCCGGUUCCCACGUGUCGCGGUGGACGCGCGUGCUGGUCCCGCACCCCGCGCUGGGCGUGCCGCUGCGCGCGACGCUGCACUACGCGCCCUACGGCGGCUGGCUCAGCGCCGGCGCUAAACGCGUGCACCUCGAUAAGCUGCUCAUCACUGAUAGCUUCGGCAAGACUUCUUCAUUUUGUAAACUUCUUUGGCUAUUCACGGACGAAUCGAUUCAGUUGCCCUUAUAUCCAGGAGAUUGCGAAAUCAAAGAGAUUGAUGAAAUAACGAACGAAACAAACAUAGAACAAGACGUAAUUCUGAGGGAAAACGUAACGAAAAUAAUUGGUGAUGAUCCUCACGAUAAUGAGCUACCAGAAGAAUCUCCACAGCAACCGUUUGCUCUUAUUGAUAGUAAUUAUGAAUGGGAGGAAGCCACUGACACGGGACGAGCCUUCGGGAUGACUAACACAAAAACAGCUCCUAGUGGUCUCAUUGAAAUAGCGGAACCCGUCUUGAGACCACGCCCCAGAAAAACUCCAAGACAGAGAUCAGAUAACCGUGAAGAAAUUCAUGAAAUAUCCGAACCGCUCUUAAGGCCUACACAAGCACCCAGACCAACAACCGCACCCCCACUGAGGAAAGCUAAAAAUUACGACGUUUCCACUACACCGACAAACGAUGAUUUAAACAUUAAGGACGACAAAGAGGAACAGAGCUUCGCCGUACAGUUUCUCCCCGCACGACUGGCGUCUUUCAUAUCAAGAGCAGAACGCUACGCUAGAGAUACUCUCCUGCCUUUAGUUUCCGCCUAUGCACCACGACUGCCAAUUUUUGGUUCUAGAGAAUUACCGAGAACCACCGCCCGGUAUAUACCCACAGAAGACAUAAAUGUCACCAGUUCAGUCCCCGUACCUACACCCACGUUAGAAAUGAAAAUUGAAAUGCUACAUACGAUGGGACCUCCGGGAGAGAAACGAGAAUUCGAAACGCCUGAAGAUCCUGACAUACCAGUAGUGAUAUCAACAACUACCACUACUUCAACAACGACAACCACCACAACUACUACAGAAAGAAUAAGAGCAGCACCAACAGAAAUGUUGCAAGUUGUAGCAGGACCGUCAGUAUCGACCAGCACUGCGUUACCCCCAGUAGCAUUGCGUAGUGAAGGCAAGAAGAUUGUCAUAGUAUAUCCCACUAAUGCUAGAGAGGAAAAGAAAAUUCGAUCCCACUCAUAUCCUGAAGAGAUGCAAUUCGAGGCUCUGUAUCGACACACUGCGGAGCCUACAGCAGUAAGGGUCGAUCUGCCUACGUUCUCCCCACCGACAUCAACAACCCCGAGUACCGUAUCACCAGUUAAAAGGUCUGUCGACUCUCGAUACAUACCGAUACCUUUCCUUAAAAACUUGAAGAUAAACGAAUCUGACAAAGGGAACAAAUAGAUGUAAAUAUUGAAGUAUAGUCUUGUACAGAUUGUUUUGUUUGCGUCAACUUGCUGAACGAGGUUGUUAUUUGUAUAAAAUGUAUAAAUCGGAAGGAAUGAUCAACAUUUCAGCUGAAUUGAAUGUGUACAUAGAUUAGAAUAAGAGACAUUUUUAUAUAAUUAAACUUAUUUAUUAAA